GAAGUCGGACAUUUUAUUUUCAGUAUACAGCCACAUGUUUGCUGAAUGGUCUCAAUAACCAUCUGCUGCAGUCCUUCCCUUCUUUGAAAGUAUCUGGUGCAGUUUCCUCAGCGCAGCGAGGUCUGGCUGCCAGAGAGGCUGUGGAGCGCGCUGGCUGUGGCCUCUGCUGACUGGCUUUCUACACAGCGUCUGUGGAGGCAGAGAUAAGCAACGACACACACAUGGAGCGCGUGAGUGCCAGGUGAAGAACCAUGAAGAUGCAGCCUAUAAGUCUCUCGCUUAAGGACACUUCAUCAGGGUUGAAGCGUCUCCAACAGUCCCGCAACAUUUUGCAAGUGAACCAGAGCUCUCAGGUGCUGCUGUUGGUUGAAAACUGCAGAUGAACUUCAAUAUUUAAUUCACACUUGAGAUGAAGAGAGGCUGUGGCAGCAGAUCCACUCUGACACACGUCUUCACAGUUUGCUGCAAACCAGGACAGCGGAUGGAGAAGAAACCGUCUAUUGUGGCCGAGGCGAUAGAAGCAGGUGUACAAGGUGUGUGAGGUGUGAUGGCGCUGUGCUCUGAGGCCUGUGUCUCCGGCUCAGGAGGAGAAUCCUCCGGGAGUGAGGCGGGUUCUAGCUGUCUUCAGUUUGGGGUUCGUUCCUAUCUGCACCACUUCUAUGAAGAGUGCUCGUCCUCCAUGUGGGAGAGAGACCCAGAGGAUCCGGGGUUCGUCCAGAGCCAGAGGUCAACCCUGUGGUGGAACUCAGCAGUCUGGAAGGUGUCCUUGGUCGUGGGUCUCUUGAUCCUGACUGCAGGUAUUGCCAGCCUGUCAGUCGGUUGCUCCACUCCCCAUAAAAUUGAGUCGUUCGGAGAGGGGGACCUGUUCUUCGUGGACAGCCAGGCCGUCAGUUUCAACAGGGGGUUGCACCUCAGCACCGCGGCCGGGAUCGGGCUCUCUUGCCUGGGCUCGGCCCUGGCGGCGAUGGGGGUUGUCAUUUGGAUCCUCCCCAGGGCCAACUUGAAGGAGAGGCUUUUCCACAGACCGGGGGAAGGGGAACGGAGAGGAGAGUCGGGGUCAAAGUGGAGGGGAUUUAGGGAUCCUGGGGAUGUGGUCACUAAGCCGCCAGGUAUAGAGGAGGGGAAGAUACCCGUCACACUGUCGAAAGUGGAAAACGUGCAGUGCACUUCUUAAAGAAGAUCCCUGCUGAGCUAUAUGAUGUGCAGGCUUUUGUUCUAGUCCUGGGGCCUCAUUUACCUGCUCUUAUUAUUGUUGUUGAACCAACCAAGUGUCAUUUUAGCAUGGAAAUUUUUUUGUGACCUGGAUAUUACAGUUAUACAUAAAGAUCUGGACACACCAGGAUUUAAAAAGGGCGUGAUCAAAGGAGGCAGAAUUAAUCUGUUCAAAUGUUCUGUGUAGAGUUCAGCUUUGACAUGCAAAUUUACACCAUUGACUAAUAGCAAGCCGUCUUGACAAUACUGACCUAUGAGGGGAUGGAGAAUCGGAGAGUCCAAAAUAGAGGAAGUUAUUGUGGCUUAUUAGCUGUAUUGCACCAUCUACCUUUAUUUAAUCCUCCUGUUAGAGUAUAAACUGCUCCACAAAAGAGGAAUGGUGCAGACAGUUUUGAGACGGUUCAUAGAUUCCUAUGAAAGUUGGUCAGUGGCGCGUUAAGCAAAAAUGGCUUGACAGCCGAGUGAUAAAGUUAUCCGGAUCUUCUGGCAAUCUUCUACAUCCAUUGGGCCCAUAGAGCAGGAAGCAGUAGCGUUUCCUUUAACCCCGCCUCCCAGCCCUCGGUCUGGGGCCCAUUCACAUGAACAGA